AUGGGUGCGGUCGCCAGCCAACACCAACAGGUGGAGUGUCUCAGUGAUUAUCAGAAGCGUUUAGCCUCAGUAACAUGCAACAAAUGCGGAACACACCUCGCAAUCGACACUAUGAGCAUCAUGGAACGGACGGAGAGAAUGCUGGGAGAGAGACGAUACUUUCACCCGUUCCAGUUUUGUGCCAGAUGUAAAGGGUGGUCCUGCGUGUCUUGCGACCAAUUCUACAAGGGCGAUGGGGCACCGAUCCUCAAGGAUCUGGUCUCUGGCAAGAACUUCAAGACGGCAUGGUGCUGCGAUCAAGGCCGUAUAUUUUUACUACUUUCGCUCCUGACCGGACCUGAGCAAGGAAAGCAGCGCACGCCGAAAAAUAGGCGUACAACUCGACAAAUGACCUUGCGGGCGGCUACCGUAGAGGCAGAGCAAUCUAAGGCAAAGGGGAAGCGUCGAAAUGGGCAGCAAGAGUCGCAGCUGUCUAAGGGUACAGGCUAUGGAGACGGGUUGGUGAGCAAGUCGAAGCAGACGGAAGUCUCCCAGGCGUCGGAGGCAGACCUGGAUGUUCUCUUGCUCUACUUUGAGGCGCUGGUGUCUGUUCUGCCAUCCAGCAACAAAAAGUUGACCGUCUUCGACACUUAUCCCCAGCCGCUGGUGUUUGAGAUGAUCACGAAAAGCCCGCUGGUGGAGGAGACUCCUAGGUUGUUGCGGAAUUCGUCGCUGGAGGAAAUUAGCGCGCGCCGCAACCCUCUCGUUACAGUUCUUGGGUUCCUAGAAACCCUCGCCAGCCACGACAGUACCCGAGGGAUUCUCCUUGACUCGUUAGUCCGUUUCCCAGCCGAAGAGCAGCUACCCAACCUCAACCUCGGGGCACCCGACCAGCAAAGCACCGCGACGGUUACGCACUACGAAACAAUGCAGCCACUGGUGAGCGUCAUCGAACAGUUGGCGAUUCCCUUUCGCAACUUCGUCGAAGGGUCCCGCCGGCUUGGGGGGGAAGCCGUGGGAAGGGACGCGGGAGGACUGCUCCCAGUCUUGGAGCGAGUAUGCAGCAUUGCCGACGAACUGAACGCGAUGCUGAAACAGCGGGUGGCCAUGGGGCGUGCCGACAAUGACAACAGAGAGUUUACGGCACAAUCCGCCGAAUGGCAUCGCGAAAAUUGCGUUAAGCCCGUCCCCGACGAAAUCAUACUCAACGGCCACACCUUCGUUAAGGAGGCAGAGCAAGCAGCCAAGACAAAGUUUGUGCCCAACCGCAUGAGGAAACUGCUAGCUCAGGUCUCGUCUCUCAUGGUCGACUUGCCUGACGGAAUUUAUGUUCGGCAUGGCGAGAGCCGGGUGGAUGUGAUGAAGGUGAUAAUCGUCGGCCCAGUCGGCUCCCCAUACGAACAUGGCCUCUUCGAGUUCGACAUGUUUUGCCCCAGCGAAUUUCCGAAGAGCCCCCCUGCGAUGCACUUUCGAACUACAGGAAACGGCGAGGCGCGGUUCAACCCAAAUCUAUACGCCUCUGGUAAAGUUUGCUUCUCAUUGUUGGGCACCUGGGCAGGACAGCCCUGGGAUCCGAACCAGUCGACGCUCCUCCAGCUUCUAGUUUCGAUUCAAGCCAUGAUUUUCACCGACGCUCCCUACUACAACGAGCCCGGUUAUGAGUUAAAGCAAGACAUUCACCGAUCCGAGUCCUACAAUCGGUGCAUCGAGGAUCUUACCGUUCGCCACGCCAUCCUGUACUGGUUGGUCAGCCGGCUGGCACCGCCGAAGCAGCCCCUUAAGAGGCCCUCAUCGAAGGUCGCUGAGGAGCCGGGCAUGACGGCUCGAGCCACGGGAAAAAAGAUGAUGGUGAUGGCUGACACCGAGGGAGCUUCGAUCAACUUGGACCUCCCAACUCCACCGCCUCCGGUCAAGGCCGCCGAACCUCAGCCACCCCUCCCCCCUGCUGUCGGCCAGAGUAGUUUGAGUGCCAGCGCUGUGGACUCCCAGCAGUACAAUCCUGGAAUGAUUGCUGCCACGAACACCAUGUCGGCACAAGCGGGACCUUCGGCGCCGUCUGCACCGUCCGCACCGCAUGGCGGGUUUGCCCCUGCGGUACUCCCUGGGCUGCCCGGUAAUAGCAACCUCAACUUAACCAUGCCGGGCCAGAUGCAACCUGCUGCGGCCCAAACUCUGAGUGUCUUGCCCCUGAGCAAUACAGGCUCCGGCUCGGCGCCGUCGGUAACGUCCUUGGAAUUUGCUAGGGCCAAAAUUGAAGGGGUCCCAUUUCCCGUUGGGCAGGAAGACCCUGUUUUCAGCGACAUCAUCCGCCACCAUUUUCAGCUGAAGGCGAAGGCUAUUCUCGCAACCGUUCGCAGAUGGGAGAAGCUGUCAACGACGGUCACGGCCGGCCAGAUGGCUAUGGCGGCUCCAAGGAUCGAGCGCUUGCUGCAGCAACACGGGUUCCACGACUAG